ACUCAGUACUCAGUACUCAGUCCGAAGGCGUUCGAUUGUUUGCUGCUUACUUUCUGCCAAAACACCAGACACCGCAAUGUCCAUGUUCUCCGCAUUCACAAGAACCAUUCCCCAGAUUUCCAUAUUUCAUAAUCCCUCCUCUGCAUCGUCUAAUGCUGCUCUCAAGCUCUUGCGAGCGGCGGUUUCGUCGCCGUAUCCUCCAUCCAAGCCAAAUGCGCUGCCGCUCAAGUUCAACCUCGACGUAGUGGAGAAUCAGUCUCCCACACCAGAGCAGUUGGGGAUAAUCGUCUCUUACCUCGCAACACCGAAAACGCCGGCGGCUGAAGUGCCGUCCGCAGCGAGCCUGCUCUCAGCUCAUCCGAGCGUCGAGGCGGGCCCCACGAGCGCCGAAGAUGUUUCUAGCCUUGCGGCGCAGAAUCCGAAUGCGCUGAAAUGGCCGAUCGUGGUCGACUGGAACGACGGUAGAGCUGCGGUCGGUGACCUUGAAGGUGUGAAGGGCAUCCUGGAGGAGUUGAGAAAGAAACGAGAUGGCGAGGUGUGAAAGCGAGGCCAAGAUGACUUGAGGCGUGCUGGAAUCUAUCAAACUGUACAAGUGUAAGUCAAAAAGGACUUCGGACAGCAAACCUGUAUAUUACCACAUGUGUGUUUCUGACGAACGUUCAAUCUGUCCCUCAUGCUGCUCGACUGUAUAUGUUCAGUUGCUGGC